AUGAGAGGAAGCAGAGAUAAAAAGGGAGGAAGAAAAUACGAUCGAGAUAGGAGCAAUGAUGAUGAUAGGGAUAGUGAGGUUGACGAAAACAAAAGAGAAAGAAGAAAAAAUGAAGGACGCAAAAGAGAUGAUAAUAAAAAAUGGGAGAAUAAAAACUGGGAAAACCAAAAUGGGGAAGAAAAUAUAAACGGAGGGGGGGAAAGUCAAAAUGAGGGCAACAAAAGCAAACGCUGCAAAAACAAGGACGGAGGUGAAAACAAAAAGGUUGAUCAAUUAAUCCUGGAAGAGACUGAUGAAAACACUGUAAUACCAUAUUAUUUAUCCAACUUACUAACCAACGGGUCGAAUCCUGUUGUAUUUAUGGAUAUAAAUUUGGGUAACCAUUUUUUAGGAAAAUUUAAAUUUGAAUUAUUUCAAAAUAUUGUACCAAAAACAAGUGAAAAUUUCAGACAGUUCUGUACAGGAGAAUAUAAAAUAAAUAACUUACCAGUUGGAUAUAAAAACACAACUUUCCAUAGAGUAAUAAAAGAGUUUAUGAUACAGGGUGGGGAUUUCGUGAACUAUAAUGGAAGUGGAAGCUUAAGCAUUUAUGGGGAAAAUUUUGAAGAUGAAAAUUUUGACAUAAAACAUGACAAAGAAGGAUUAUUAAGUAUGGCUAACAGUGGACCUAACACAAAUGGAUGUCAGUUUUUUAUUACUACCAAAAAAUGUGAAUGGCUCGAUGGGAAGAAUGUCGUUUUUGGUAGAAUCAUAGACAGCGAUUCUUUGAUUCUGCUAAAAAAAAUAGAAAACGUUUCUGUUACACCUUACAUUUAUAAGCCAAAAAUUCCAAUCAAUAUUGUAGAGUGUGGUGAGCUGUAA